CAGAGUGCUGCAGAUACAGAUUGCUAACACAUGCAGUGCAAAUGCAGGUAGAGAGAGAGAAUGAGACGAGCCGUAUACUAACAAAACUGCAGAUGCAUAACAAACUUCAGCCAGCGAGAUCUGCACUGCUUGCUAUCUUCGUCCGGAGACCCCAGUUGGGAAAUUAUAAAUACUGCUCAGAAGCAUUUCAUAGCUGCUGAUUUUUUUUCCGUUGCCGCCAGUGAGUACUUUGUUUUAGUUAACUCGCUCCUUGGGUGCCUCUCUGAAAACGACUUGAGACUGAUUGAAGAAGGUUUUACUACUAACGGAGCGAAGGCAGAUUUUGACACUCUCCGUAGGCAGUGUGCGGAACUGGAUGCCCGCAACCAGAGGCAGAAACUGGGGGUCCCCAACCAGUUCCAGAAGCUGAAGUGUGGCUCUGUGAGUAGGGCUGCUAGCUGAAUAACAAGUAUUUGUUUUAGAAAUCACAAUAGCAAUUGUUAAGCUGGAUUUCGUGCACUGCAGCUGAAGAUGCUAGAUGAUCAGCUGGAAACCAUUAAGCUAUGCAUUGCAUACUUGGACAAAGUAGAGUGCACUGAAUUGGUGCACAAGACAGAACCGCCUCUGGAUUACUGAAUCAAACUACCGAGUAGAGAAAUGCACUCAAAAAAAGAUCCAGGGCUUCGGUCAGAUUUGUCAUUCCCGGAGCACCGCCUUCGCUAAAAAGUGAUUAGAAUUAAUCAGCAAAGGAAGCAAGUCAUAUUUGUUGGGCUAACCGUCUGACAUUUGUGCAAUUCGUGGUCAGGGGGACUGCAGAUAUUAAAAUAUACAAAACUUAAAGCCAUCAGUGACACGUUUUUUUAUGCUGCAGUGUAUAUAGCUGGAACAGUAUCCAAGAAGACUGCAUCUAACUGUAUCGGAAGGGAAAUUUCCUCCUGACAGAAGAGACGUUGCUACAAACACUAGUUAUUUGUUUUCAUCUAAGGAAAACCAUGAAAACUCUUGGAUCUGCCAAUUGCUGGUUUUGCUGGCUUUUCCUGGCGCGGCUGUCCUUGACUUUGGCGGCCGCAAAGCAGCUGCUGAGGUACCGGCUGGCCGAGGAGGGACCAGCCGAUGUCCGAAUUGGGAACAUUGCAUCGGAUUUGGGGAUUACAGCUGGCAACGGGGAGGUAACUUUUAGUUUGGAGUCGGGCUCUGAAUACCUGAAGAUCGAUAACAUCACCGGCGAGCUGAGCACCACUGAGCGUCGGAUUGACCGGGAGAAGCUGCCGCAGUGCCAGAUGAUCUUUGAUGAAAACGAGUGUUUCAUUGACUUUGAAGUAUCUGUGAUCGGCCCGUCGCAGAGCUGGGUAGACCUCUUUGAUGGUAGAGUGAUCAUUCUAGACAUUAACGACAACACCCCGACAUUCACUUCCCCCGUGCUGACUUUGGCUGUUGAGGAAAACCGAUCCGUAGGGACACUCUACCUCUUGCCCACAGCUACUGACCGCGACUUUGGCCGUAAUGGGAUCGAACGCUAUGAGCUGAUUCCAGAGUCGGGAGAAGGUUCUUUUACCCCAGGCAGGCGGGGGCCGGCGGGCCCCGGAGGCCGAGGAGCAGAAACCGUGGAAACCGCCCCCUACCCGGGGAAGCGGAGGACCGACUCGGAGGGUAAGAGCAGUGUGUUUGAGCUGCAGGUAGCCGAUACUCCUGAUGGAGAGAAGCAGCCUCAGCUCAUCAUCAAAGGCGCACUGGACCGGGAGCAAAGGGACUCUUACGAACUCACUCUCAAGGUUAGGGAUGGUGGGGAUCCCCCGAGGUCGUCCCAGGCCAUUCUCAGGGUCCUGAUCACCGAUGUUAACGACAACAACCCCAGGUUUGAAAAGAGUGUGUAUGAGGCGGAUUUAGCAGAAAACAGCUCCCCUGGUACCCCAAUACUGCAGCUCAGAGCGACUGAUGCAGACGUAGGAGUGAAUGGGCAAAUAGAGUACGUGUUUGGCGCUGCCACCGAGUCUGUGCGCCGGUUGUUGAGGCUGGAUGAGAACUCCGGAUGGUUGAGUGUCCUGCAUCGCAUAGACAGAGAGGAGGUGAGCCAGCUCCGUUUCUUUGUGACUGCUAGGGACAGGGGACAACCACCUAAAACUGACAAGGCAACGGUCGUAUUAAACAUCAGAGAUGAGAAUGAUAACGUGCCUUUUAUAGAUAUUAGAAAAAUUGGCAGGAUACCUUUAAAAGAUGGUGUGGCUAACGUUCCAGAAGAUGUGGUCGUGGACACACCAAUAGCUCUUGUACAGGUAUCUGAUCGGGACCAGGGGGAAAACGGCGUGGUUACCUGUACAGUAGUAGGAGAUGUCCCUUUUCAGCUUAAGCCAGCCAACGAAGCUGAGAUUGACCAAAGCAAAAAGAAGUUUUUCUUGCACACAUCGGCACCCCUGGACUAUGAACUUAUCAAGGAAUACAAUAUUAUCAUUGUAGCAGUGGAUUCCGGAAGUCCAAGUUUAUCUAGUAAUAAUUCUUUGCUUGUGAAAGUUGGGGAUACAAAUGAUAAUCCACCUAUGUUCUCUCAGGAGACAGUAGAGGUGUCAUUUUCUGAAAAUAAUGCCCCUGGAGAAAAAGUGACCACUGUAGUUGCCACCGAUGCUGACAGUGGGAAGAAUGCUGAAAUUGCUUAUUCACUGGCUUCCUCAGUUGCUGGCAUCUUCUCGAUAGAUCCCGAUUCUGGGGACAUAACCAUCAAUACCAAUUUGGAUAGAGAACAGCAAGACAGAUAUGAAUUUACAGUCAUUGCCAAAGAUAAAGGUAUUCCAGUCCUUCAAGGGACUGCUACUGUGGUGGUUCAGGUAGCAGACAGAAAUGACAAUGAACCAAAAUUUAUGCAGGAUGUGUUUACAUUUUAUGUUAAGGAAAACCUGCAGCCAAAUAGCCCUGUUGGAAUGGUUACUGUGAUGGAUGCUGACAAAGGUCAAAAUGCAGCAAUGAGCUUAUUUAUUGAAGAAGACAGUGGUAUCUUUUCUAUAGAAAAUGGCACUGGUACAAUUUUUUCCACAAUGUCCUUUGACAGAGAACAGCAAACCUUGUACACAUUCAAAGUUAAGGCAGUUGAUGGUGGGGAUCCCCCAAGGUCUGCCACUGCAACUGUUUCAUUAUUUGUUAUGGAUGAGAAUGACAAUGCUCCCACAGUGACACGACCAAGCAACAGCAGUUAUACUGUGCUUCCACCUGCAAGCAACAUACGCACAGUAGUGGCCACAGUCGUUGCUACCGACAGUGAUGCUGGUAUAAAUGCAGACUUAAAUUAUAGCAUUGUCGGAGGAAAUCCAUUUAAGCUGUUUGACAUUGAUUCCACAAGUGGUGUCAUUUCAUUAAUAGGGAAAUUGGCUCAAAAACACUAUGGACUCCAUCGUAUUGUGGUACAAGUAAAUGACAGCGGUCAACCAUCUCAGUGUACCACUGGACUGGUUCAUGUGUUCAUUAAUGAAAGUGUUUCCAAUGCAACAAUAGUUGAAGGUCAGAUUCUAAGAAGUCUGAGUAUUCCACUUACUCAAGACAUUGCAGGGGACCCUAGUUAUGACUUAAGUAAACAAAGGCUUAGUAUUGUUAUUGGUGUGGUUGCAGGAAUAAUGACUGUCAUUUUAAUCAUCUUAGUGGUGGUAAUGGCUAGAUAUUGCAGACCAAAAAACAAAAAUGGAUAUGAAGCAGGAAAAAAGGAUCAUGAAGACUUUUUUGCCCCUCAGCAGCAUGAUAAGUCUAAAAAACCAAAAAAGGACAAGAAAAAUAAAAAAUCCAAGCAGCCUCUGUACAGCAGCAUUGUGACAGUCGAAGCUUCUAAACCCAAUGGGCAGCGUUAUGACAGUGUAAAUGAAAAGAUGUCAGAUAGCCCUGGAAUGGGACGGUAUCGGUCAGUUAAUGGUGGCCCAGGCAGUCCCGAUUUGGCAAGACAUUACAAAUCAAGUUCACCUUUACCCACGGUUCAGCUUCACCCUCAGUCUCCCACAUCUGGGAAAAAACAUCAAGCUGUACAAGACCUGCCUCCAGCCAACACUUUUGUAGGGGCAGGGGACAACAUAUCGAUUGGAUCAGAUCAUUGUUCUGAGUACAGCUGUCAAACGAAUAACAAAUACAGCAAACAGAUGGCAUAUUCAUGUAAUCCUGUUAAAGUAUGGAUAGACUUCUCCUAGUUCUUGCAUCCCCGAAAUCAGAGACAUUUGCUUAAAAAAAACUCAUGGCAACUGGUUGAUAGAGACAUUCUUCAGAAAUCAGCAUCAGACAAUUUGGACUUCUAUGCAGAACUCUCAAGAAGCACAUGCUGACUGAUAACCAGUGUGUAUUGAAUUUGUUUUCUUCUACAUUUUAUUGUCAUGAUAUAUGAACUACAUCUUUGUGUCUGGCUUUCUAUAAUGUGUAUGUGGAAGUAGCUAAUUAAAAAUAGCUGUGGCAGCAAGUCAGAUUCAAUUGGCAAACAAUUUGAAACUGAUUAUUACCAAAUUCAUGUGAAUUUUAAAUAGAGUGACAACAUAAAUUGUAGAGAAACAUCUUGAUUUUAAAGGUUGUUUGUUGCUUUAUUAUUUUUGAUAGUUAUAUGGCUAUGGAUUUAACUUUCAUAUGAGGUAGUAUUAGUGUAAGAUUACAGUUGUUAUGAAGGAGAAAAGAUGUGCUACUUGAGAAGUGAUGUGAAGAGAGAAUACACUGAACAAAAUUUAAUCUAUGAACAAUUGCAUGAGUUUUUAAGGAAAUUUUUGAUUUGUAAAAUGUCACAGUUAAUUCUUUUGAGAUGCAAGAAUUCCCUGUUAAAAUUACUGUACUGAAAAAUUAUUUAUACUCUGCAGAGCAUAUGCCAAAAUUUACAGUUCAAGUUAGGCUUUCUAGAGUAACAAAAUGUUCAGCAUGCUGGGUAAAGUGCCAUUUUCAGUCUGUAGCAGACGAAUUGUGUUUAAUCUUUGAAGAAUUGCAAAUUUUCUCACAAUAACUAUAGAUACAGGAGAAAUAAGGUAGUUAUAUUUACUAUGGGAGUGCUGUUAACAAAUGAAACAAAACAGCAGUUAUGAAAAUUAUUUGUUCCUGAUGCGUUAUCUUCAUCUUUGUGGUUUCUAUUCAGUCCAAAAUGCAUACAGAUUAAAUAGAAGAGCUCUCAAAUGUCAUUUGUAUAAUAUAGUUUGGUGACAGUAUCCAAGGAAAUUAGCUUUCAGUACAUUUUCAGAUGAGUAAACCCAACAAUACUGCACAGUACAAGGAAAACUGUUUUAUGAAAUGUGUAGCCAGGAACUCAAAGCCAGGCAAUUUUUUUAAAGGGCUGUUGCAGACUGAGGUCAGUAUUAGGUUUUUAUUUGUGUAUGUAGUUUUGUUUUUAGAAUGUCAGUGUAAUGAUAAUGUAUCUGUCUCAGUAUAUUAAUUUCUGUUCUUUCUGUAACAUAUUUUAAUUAUUUUAGGAGUGCUAUGCAUUUUACAUGAGGACUUAUUAUUAUACUCCGAUGGAUUGAUGUUUUUUUCCCUUUCUUAUGUACCACACUAGUUUAAACAGCCAUUCAUAUAUCUUAUAUUUUUGCAUUUUUGAAACUAUGGCACAGAUAUUGCCAAAGCAUGUCCAAAAAUAAUCAAUAGUUAUUGGACAGGGAUAAUUUUAUUGUACUCUUAUACAGGAGUACACUAUUUGGCAAUCUGGAUAAUUUAACUCCAUAUUUUGUUUCAUUAGAAUGUGUUCUUCUGUUGCAGCACAUUAUUUAAAAUGCAAAUUGUACUCUAUUAUUUAAUUUAUGUUAAAGACUAAGUAAGGCACGCAUAAAUCCAUAUAAUUGAUAAUCAUACUGCAAGAAAAAAGGAAGGAACUGUUUAUGAAAAAAAUAAAGUAUUACUUUCACUAAAUACUUUUUAAUAAAUCAUAUGAGUAAUUCAUAAUUAGGAGAAUAAAAAUAUUAGCAGCACUAGGGCCAGGGUGGAUGUUAACAUUAUACAGCCACAUUGUCAAAUUGAAUUUUUCCAAGACAAGUUCCUGCUGUAACAGAACUCUGAUAACCCCCACCAAUAGCAAAUUCCUGAAAUGAAAUGUAAUUUUGUUAAAACAUGCUCAUUGCUGAAAUUUUACAUGACAUAAUGUAAAGUAUUUUACAGCUAGACACAUGCUAUUUUGGAAGCAUUGUUCAGUGGAAAAGAGUAUAGCAUCGCCCAUCCUAUGAGAUUGCCUGUCAGAGCAAUUUAUGUGUGCCAGCUUGUUAUUAAACAAGACAUAAAUGCUUGUAGUUCACAUGGCCAUUUUGGUAUGGCCUUGGUCCAUCUCUCCUUCCAUAUUACUUUAACAGACAGCUGAAUGAGGGUAAGUUUUUAAUGGAAACUGACCCUUUACAUCCCUUCUAAUUAUUUUUUUAAUUAUUUCUGUGCCUCCAUGCAGAUAAUUUCCUGCUUAUGGCUUAUUUGUUCUGAUGUUUGAAAAUUGCUUUUUAUCUGUUAUUACAGACAUAUAAUUUCAAAACAUUAUGCUUAUUUUUUAUUUGUAUGUUGAUUCACAGGCAGUGUAUUUGACAGUAAAUCAAAGCAAAAUAGGGUUAUAACAAAGGUUAUAGUAAAAUGUAUAAGGAUUAAUGAUAGGAUAAAGCCAUAAAAUGUACUUAAAUUAACCACAGACUUGUUAAAAUAUUUAUAAAUUUAAGAUUUAUGCACUUUAUAAAAGAUAAAAAAGUUAUUCAUGAGAGGUUACAGUGAAUCACAUUUUAAUAAUUUAAAUAUUUAUUACUGAAUUCACUGUACUAGCAUAUUCAUAGCAGUCAGAAAAGGCAAAAGUUAGUAUCCAUGUAUGAUAAUAUACAACUUGUUUAGGCUUUGUAUAUUCUUUCUGAUAAGAAGUAAAUAAGAAGGCAAAAUGAUUUGUUAAAGAAAGUGUUGAACUUUUCUCAUAUGACACCUGUUUUUUAUUAUUUUGUUAAAAGUAGGGAGUACAGUAGUAAGAUCCAAUCUAUUUUCUUUCAGUAUUUCUUGUUUUCCUAAAUCUGAAGGUAAAUCAUUUACAACAGUCAAGAAGACUGAUCUAUUCAAAUAAAUAAAAAAGAUGGUGAGGAAACAUAUUUAUUGUUUUGAAGUGGGUUUAAGUUUCUGAUUCACUGAAUGCUAAGAGAAUUGAAUCUGCCUGAGCUUAUGCAUUAAUGUACUGGUCUCUGUAUUAUACUCAGUCCAUGAAUGUAUUUUUUUACAAAAUGAAUGUAGUCUAUUCUGCUGUAAAAUUAUCACUGACAAUGUAGUAAGAUGCAAUCAAAUAAACAAAAUACUUUUAUAGUU